GUACGAGUUUCCCAGGUGCACUUCAAGGCAGCAUAACAAUUCCCUGGAAACCACACAAUAACAACAACAAGCCACGGUGGCAACUUGUGCAAGCAUGUGCAACCACCACUCACAUUUCUCAUUCCUCAAAUGCCAAAUCUACAGACUUUUAAAUCAUGUUGCCUAGUUUACUAUGUCUAUUGUGAUUUUUAGAGUUCAUUUUACAUUAUAUUCACUGUGGUUCUCCAACAGACAUCCUGAUACACUGCCAGCUAUAAUGUCUCCUCUGUGUGUGGUUGGCAUGCUGGGACUUUUGAUGAAGAUAGCAGCACCUAUGUGUGCCCCCACUGAGUACACCAUUUACAUCGAGAGACAGGAGUGCAAUUACUGUGUGGCUGUCAACACCACCAUCUGCAUGGGCUUCUGUUUCUCCAGGGACAGUAAUGUGAAGGAGUUGGUGGGUCCUCGUUUCCUGGUUCAGAGGGGCUGCACCUAUCAAGAAGUCGAGUACCGGACAGCCAUCUUGCCUGGCUGUCCUUCAUAUGCAGACCCUCACUUCACCUAUCCAGUUGCACUUAGUUGCCACUGCAGCACCUGUAACACCCACAGUGAUGAAUGUGCCCACAAAACCAGCAAUGCUGCGAGGAAAUGCUCCAAACCUGUCCGUCAUCUGUACCCCGACCACGAGGAGAACAGCUACAUCCAGCCAUACUGGGAACAGUAUGAAUAAUGUUUGAUUAUUCCUUGAAUAAAACACUUAAAACAAAGUGUUUAAGUUGCAGCAGUUGACUGGGGACUGUUUUCUGUUAGAUAAUCAUUGAGUAAACCUUAUGUCACAAAGUUACCUAACUCAUAUGUUUACUGUAUUUUAUAUCAAGCAUCUGAUGUCUUUAAUGAGGCCAAAAGUGGUUAAAAAAGAAGGUGUGGUUUUAAUGGGGUUCAAAUACGUAUGCUUUUAUGGAUAAUAGACAUUAUGUGAACUUUAAUGAUGCUUUAGUAUUUGAUUGGCAGUGUCUCUAUAAAAAAAUUCAGAGGAAAAAUCCUUCCAUAAAAAUGAGUUUUAUCAUUAUUGUUGGUGUUUAUGGUUUAACAAUGGGUGUUUAUGAAAUUAUUCAUACUCUAUUGUGGUUUCCAGUUGGUUGUAAGGAC